AUGGCUGCCCUGCAGAAAUCUGUGAGCUCUUCCCUUGUGGGGACCUUGGCUGCCAGCUGCCUCCUUCUCAUUGCUUUGGCAGUGCAGGGYGGAGCAGCGGUGCCCAUCAAUGACCACUGUGGGCUCCACAAGGCCAGCUUCGAGGGGCCGUUCAUCAUCAACCGCACCUUCCUACUGGCUGAGGAGGCCAGCUUUGCAGAUAACAACACAGACGUCCGUCUCAUUGAUGACAGACUCUACCAAGGAGUCAGUAUGAAAGAGCGCUGCUAUGUGAUGAAGCAAGUGCUGAACUUCACCCUGGAAGAAGUGCUGCUCCCCAACUCAGACAGACCCCUCCCCUACCUUCAUGACGUGGUGUCCUUCCUGGAAGGUCUCAACAAYGAUCUCAGACUCUGUCAUAUCAAGGGUGACGACCGGCAUAUCCAGAAGAAUGUGCAAAACCUGAAGGACACAGUGGAAAAGCUUGGAGAGAGCGGAGUGAUCAAAGUAAUUGGAGAACUGAAUUUGCUAUUUUUCUAUUUGAAAAAUGCCUGCGUCUGA